AUGGCGACCAAGGGCAACACCCUGCGAGAUCGCCAGAUCGUGGCGCUCAAGAAAAUUCUCAAUCUCAACGAAACGGUCGAGGCGGACGAGAACGAGGAAGCUCACGCGCACGAGCUCCAUGCGCCGGUGGGCCCGAUCCUCAACGCCGAUGGCAAUCCGAUCUGGAAGGUGCUGGUCUUUGAUGAUCUUGGCCGCGACGUGAUCAGCAGCGUCAUGCGGGUCAGCGACCUGCGGACCAUGGGCAUCACGAUGCACAUGCACAUUUCGACGGCGCGUUACCCCAUACCCGACGUUCCGGUCAUCUACCUCGUCGAGCCGAACGCGCAGAACCUCAAGAGCAUAACGGCCGAUCUCCAGAAGGGCCUCUACUCCCCGGCCUAUGUCAACCUGCUCUCGUCCCUCCCCCGGUUGCUGCUGGAAGAGUUCGCGACGGAGACAGCGACGGCCGGAACGUCGGAGCAGAUUGCGCAGCUGUUCGACCAGUACCUCAACUUCAUCGUCGCCGAGCCGGACCUCUUCAGCCUCGGGAUGCAAAACCAGCACACAUACUGGGCUCUGAACAGCGCCAAGACGAGCGACGAUGAGCUGGAUCUGGUCGUGGACCGAAUCGUGAGCGGACUGUUCAGCGUCAUCGUGACGAUGGGCGUCAUUCCCAUCAUACGCUGUCCCAAGGGCGCCGCAGCCGAGAUGAUCGCAGCGCGUCUCGACCGCAAGCUUCGCGACCACAUACUCAACUCCAAAGACAACCUGUUCUCCGGAUCCAGACCGUCGGCGGCGGGCACGGCGAGCUCGAGGCCGGUGCUCAUCCUCCUGGACCGAAACAUCGACCUGAUACCGAUGCUGUCACACUCGUGGACCUAUCAAUCCCUCGUCCACGACGUUCUCAACAUGAAGCUGAACCGAAUCACCAUCGAGGCGGCCAACGACGAGAGCAACCCGGCCAAGGGUACGACGAAGAAGGCGUACGACCUGACGACCAACGACUUCUUCUGGUCGAAAAACGCGGGCGUGCCCUUUCCGCAGGUGGCCGAGGACAUCGACGCCGAGCUCACCAAGUACAAGGAAGACACGGCGGCCAUCACGAAGAAGACGGGGGUGACGGACCUGGAGGACCUGCAGAACGACGCGAGCGCGAGCGCACAGCACCUCAAGGCGGCGAUAACGCUGCUUCCGGAGAUGCGCGAGCGCAAGGCCGUGCUGGACAUGCACAUGAACAUCCUCGCCGCCCUGCUGACGGGCAUCAAGGACCGGCAGCUGGACAACUACUUCCAGAUGGAGGAGAACGUGAUGAAGCAGACGAAGGCGCAGGUCAUGGAGAUUGUCAAGGACGAAAACAAGGGCGGCGACCCGUCGGACAAGCUGCGCCUGUUCAUCAUCUGGUUCCUCAGCACCGAACAGGAAGUCUCGAGAUCCGAGUUCGAAGGCAUGGGCAAGGCUCUCGAGGAGGCGGGUGCCGACAUCUCGUCGCUCGCCUACGUCCGACACAUCUGUAACACGUCUCAUGCUGACCAAUCGAUCUCCUUCGGCAGGGUGCGGGCGACGACCAAGAUGACGCAGCUGACGACGAUCAACACCAACAACAAUUCAAGCCAGCAGGCGUCGUCGUCGGACCUCUUUGGUCGCUUCUCGACUAUUUCAUCGCGCCUCACAGACCGUCUCAAGGAAUCGGGCGUGCCCGCUGGCCUCUCGUCCAACUUUGAGUCUCUCAUCAGCGGCGUCAAGAACUUUCUGCCGGCCGACCGCGACCUGACGGUGACGAAGAUUGUCGAAUCCAUCAUGGACCCUUCGAUGGCUGCGUCGUCGGCCAUCGCCAAGACGGAGCACUACCUCUACUUCGACCCGAGGUCGGCCAACGCGCGAGGGACGAUGCCGCCGCCGAGCGCGGUCCGAGCCGGGACGGGGGCCAACGCACCCGGCGGCAUGCCAGGGUCGCAGGCGCCCGGUCAGGCGGCGACCUUUGGGCAGCGGCGGCAGGGCUUCACCGAAGCCGUCGUCUUCACCGUCGGCGGCGGCAGCAUGGACGAGUACGGCAACUUGCAAGAGUGGGUGAGCCGGACGAGCCGCGACCGAGGGCGAAAGCGGGUCGUGUACGGGAGCACGGAGCUGUUGAACGCGGGGGAUUUCAUCCAGGAGGAGCUGCAAAGGCUGGGCGGCGAGCUCGCGUCGUGA